CUUCCUCGCUGCGCGAAAGUCAUUUUAUUCGGGAACUACCCAUCAGCAGAGCGAGGUAAAGACAGAAAAGCAGGUGCAAGUAAACUAUCCAAAAUGUCGCUGUCAAAUAAACUCACCCUGGACAAGGUGGACGUGAAGGGAAAGCGCGUGAUCAUGAGGGUUGAUUUCAAUGUGCCAAUGAAGGACCAUAACAUAACGAACAACCAGAGGAUCAAGGCUGCUGUCCCCACCAUCAAGCACUGUCUUGACCAUGGGGCCAAGGCUGUGGUGCUGAUGAGCCACUUGGGUCGUCCUGAUGGGAACCCCAUGCCCGACAAAUUCUCCCUGAAGCCUGUGGCCGCUGAGCUCAAGAGCCUGCUGGGCAAGGACGUGCACUUCCUGAAAGACUGCGUAGGUCCCGACGUAGAGAAGGCCUGUGCCAACCCCGCCAUCGGUUCAGUCAUCCUCCUGGAGAACCUGAGGUUCCACGUUGCAGAGGAGGGCAAGGGCAAGGACGCCUCUGGAAACAAGACUAAAGCCACCCAGGAGCAGAUUGAUUCCUUCAGAGCCUCUCUGUCCAAACUGGGAGACGUCUACGUGAACGAUGCUUUCGGCACAGCACACAGAGCCCACAGCUCCAUGGUUGGAGUGAACCUGUCCCAGAAGGCCGCAGGCUUUCUAAUGAAGAAAGAGCUUGACUACUUUGCCAUGGCUCUGGAGAAACCAGCCAGGCCUUUCCUGGCCAUCCUCGGAGGAGCCAAGGUCAAAGACAAGAUUCAGCUGAUCAACAACAUGUUGGACCAGGUCAAUGAGAUGAUCAUUGGUGGUGGCAUGGCCUUCACCUUCCUCAAGGUCCUCAACAACAUGGAGAUCGGCACCUCCCUGUACGAUGAUGAGGGUGCCAAGAUAGUCAAGGAGCUGAUGGCCAAGGCUGAGAAGAACAAGGUCAAGAUCAACCUCCCCAUCGACUUCAUCACUGCCGAGAAGUUUGACGAGCAUGCCCAGACUGGCACCGCAACUGUGGCUGCUGGCAUCCCCGCAGGCUGGAUGGGUCUGGACUGUGGACCAGAGAGCAACAAGUGCUUCGCUGAGGCUGUAGGCAGAGCCAAGCAGAUCGUGUGGAACGGCCCCGUGGGUGUGUUUGAGUUUGAGAACUUCGCCAAAGGAACCAAGAGCCUGAUGGACAAAGUGGUGGAGGUCACCAAGUCAGGCUGCGUCACAAUCAUCGGUGGAGGCGAUACCGCUACCUGCUGCGCCAAAUGGGGCACAGAAGACAAGGUCAGCCAUGUCAGCACAGGAGGCGGAGCCAGCCUGGAGCUUCUGGAGGGUAAAGUGUUGCCCGGUGUGGAUGCCCUCAGCAGCGCCUAAGCCCCAUCACCGAGGCGAGGGGGAAGUGAAGACAAACUCACCCGCCAGCGUUUGGACCCCCAGCCCCCAAGGGAAAGCUCUCCCUAAGUGUUCCACCCUGCAUUAGCGCCUCCUCUACCACCAUCCAGUGACCCAGACGUCAAAUCACCUGCUCUCUAGUUUACUACUGUACAGACGGCUGGCACAAACGGCAAUGAGCUCUCUCUCCCUCACUCCUGCCCCACAUCCACAUCACUAAGGAAUUGGAGGUGUUCGUAGCUGAAGCCAACCUCACUCCCUCAUAUGCACUUAUGUAUCACUGUUCCUUCCUGCUGUGUUUCUCUAAGAGACAAGGGCCAGAGACCAGUCAGCUGCAGCUACAGCCAUUUUCACCAUACAGGAAUUUGGGAAUGUGUCAUCUUGUGUUAAAGAGCGCCUGCGUGUGCGUACAUGUGUGUUUGCGUCACUCUUGUAUAGGCAGCCAGCCAGCCCUGGGAGUAUUACAACCCUUCUAGCGUAAAACGUGUGUUGUAACUAUCUAGACCUUUAUAUUUGUCCUCAGCCUCCACACAAAUGUUGGCUCUGUGUCACAGUUGCCCCCCUUGUCUCAACCAUGUUCUCCCCCCUGUUAUGUCAUCCAUCCUAUGACCCUGUGGCCUGUAAGAUAGUCGUUCCCCAGUGGGGGUUUCAGAGGGGUCGAGCUACUGUAAGUCAUGUGACCUGAGAAGAUGCUCACAGAAUAAAACACUUGGUGUAAAAUA